AUGAUGACGGAAAUCCCAAAUGUCCAAACCGCAGCUCUUAUCAAAGACCCUGGUCCUAAUGCAUGGAUAGAAGUUCGCCAUGACUACCCUGUUGCACAGCCUGGGCAAAAUGAAGUUUUGCUGAAAAUGGAGUGCUCGGGAAUAUGUUACUCGGAUAUUUACGUCUACACGGGAAAUAACCCCCAUUACAACGAAGUUCCCUGUCACGAAGGCGUCGGCCAGGUUGUGCAGCUUGGCCCUGGCGUUGCCGAUGCUCUUCUUGGUCAGAGGGUUGGACUUGGAUGGAUCUAUAGCGUGUGUGGCCACUGCUACAAUUGCAUGGCGGGCCGUGAUAAUUGGUGUGUAAACCAAUGCAACACUGGCACUGAUAAGCCAGGAACCAUGCAACAGUACGUUGUUGCAAACGCGGAUUAUUUGAUGCCAAUUCCAGAUGAGCUAUCCUCGUUUCAUGCCGCACCAUUUCUCUGCGGCGGCAUUACCAUGGUUGGAGCACUAUCCCUGUGUGACGAUGCUCUUGAGGACGGUGAUACUCUUGUCAUCUCUGGCUCAGGAGGCGGCUUGGGACACUUGGGCCUUCAGAUUGCUUCCAAUACGAAGAAUCAAAAGCGUUUGAAUAUCAUCGCAAUUGACACUGGAUCGGUCAAGCAAAAGCUGAGUGUCGAUCUUGGAGCAGCAGCUUUUAUCGAUUUCAAAACAGAGGAUGUUGUCAAAAAGGUGAUGGAAUUGACAAAUGGUAAAGGCGCCGACGCGGCUAUAGUGGUCCCAGAAGCAACUGAAGCCUUUGCUCAAGCAUUGAAGUACCUAAGAUAUACCGGAACGAUGAUAUGCGUUGGUAUCACUAAGAUGGAUUACCGCUUUCCAAUUUCCCCUACUGAUCUUGAAUAUAGAGGGUUGACUAUCAAGGGCUGUCACGUAGGAACCAAAAAGCAAAUGAAUGACUUGCUGAUAUCAGCUGAGAAAAAGGAAGUGACUCCGAAAGUUGAAGUCUUUGAGUUUUCGAAAAUUGACGAGCUGUUCCAGCGCGUGAAGCAUGGUGACGUCGUCGGUCGUUUCGUUGUGCAAAUACCACAGUAA